UUUCUAUUGAAAAUAGUGACUCUUGUUAUGUUCCGAGGUAAAUCUGUUCACCACUAACAGCUCUUGUAAGUGAUGCACGUGAUGCGGCAGCCAAACCGCAGAACAGUCCCGCACGUGAUCGCAUGGAAGCUGCUCGGCAGUCCAGCAGCACCCUCUUUACGUACGUACCUCCCCUCCAUCGCUCAAGUAAGUAACACGGCGAAACCGGAGCCAUUAACUUUCGCUUCGUCGCAACACAUACAAUUCCUCGAAAUCAAUUCCUCUCUAUUAUUCUCUCCCUAAAUUAGACCCUCUGUUUCUAAACUCGAUUAAACAAUACUCGAAACGCCAGUCCCUUUACACCCGAGGCAUCGAGAGCCAUCAUGAUCUCGACCCCGCCACCCCGCUCUCUGCGCGACAAGUGUCUCGAGCUGCAGCAAAAGGUCGAAGCGUUCAUUGCUGAGGAGGCUGAGACACAGACAUUGCGCGAUGUACAAGAUCAGGUCCGCAAGUCGAUAGAGGUCGUGGAUGAAGCGUUGCAGAAAUAUCGACCGGAACAAAUAUCGUUAUCAUAUAAUGGCGGAAAGGACUGUAAGUCGCAUAACGAGGGUCCGGGGCUCUGCCAGAGUCCCUUUUACGGUCUUCCGUCCACCAGCGACAAAUACUAAUCAUCCCAGGCCUCGUUCUUUUAAUCCUCCUCCUCGCUCGCAUGGGCCGGCAUUACUAUUCCACAUCCGACACGACCAACGGCAGUUCCGAACUCACACCCCCUGAAAAGCUCCAAUGCGUAUACAUCGUUGCAGCGCAUCCCUUUCCCGAAGUCGACACAUUCGUCGAGACGUCCAGCGAAGAAUACGGCCUCGAAGUCGCGCGCUACGUGUUACCGAUGAAGAAGGGGCUGGAGAUAUACCUUGAGGAACGACCGAGUAUCAAGGCUGUGUUUGUGGGAACGAGAAGAACGGAUCCUCAUGGCGAGAACCUGACGUUCUUUGAUCCGACGGACGCUGGCUGGCCGUCGUUCAUGAGAAUACAUCCUGUUAUCGACUGGCAUUAUGUUCAGAUCUGGGCUUUUAUCCGACACCUCGGCAUUGAGUAUUGUCCUCUAUACGACCAAGGCUACACGAGUCUAGGUGGUAUAAAGGAUACACAUCCAAACCCCCAUCUGAAGAAGCAGGGUCAAAACGGGCAGGGUUUCCGACCGGCAUAUGAACUAACUCAAGAUAACGAAGAGCGACUGGGCCGUGAUUCAUGAGGUGACUGUAUUUGUAAGGCAUGUUGAUGUUGCAUAAGAAGGCAUUUUAUAGAGCAUAGACUCGUGGCGUUUUGGGUAAAUCGUCUCAAUAUCUCAUCACAUUUAGCUAUCACAUUGCUUCUGUGCUUGUCAGUCAUGCGCCUGCUAGACCUCGUCCACAGGCACCUGGUCCACAUACUCCUCCAGCCUCUUAUACGUCUCAUUCCUUAUCUUUUCCGC